GGACCGUACAAUACUGAGGUACGGUGUAUAUGUGCUGCUGCCUGGGUACUGCUUCUUCAAGGCCAGUUUUAACACAUGUGGGCCUGUGUGUUAAACUCACCAAUAAAACCGGUGUGGUCAUUUCUCAUGGCGCCCCGCCGCGCGUUCCGCCGCCGCCCUGCCCCUUCCCCUGCCCGGCCGCCGCGGGAGGCGGCUCCGGGAACCGGCGCGGCCCCGUGCGCUGCGGGCGGGGAUAAGCGGCCCGGGCGGGAGGAGCCGCCUGGUGUCGGCAACAUGGCAGCGGCCAGCAGGGCCCAGGUGCUGCGGCUGUACCGGGCCCUGCUGCGGGAGAGCCAGCGCUUCGGCGGCUACAACUACAGAACGUAUGCCAUCAGAAGGAUAAGAGAUGCCUUCAGAGAAAACAAGAAUGUAACGGAUUCUGAAAAAAUAGAAGAACUAGUGAAUAAAGCAAAAGCAAACCUAGAGAUUAUUCAUCGGCAGGUUACUAUUGGCCAACUGUAUUCCACGCAGAAAUUGGUUAUCGAGAGUCCGGGAAACACAUAGCUAUGAGAAGACUGAUCCUGAAGCAACACUGGACCAUCUUCAGCAUCUUACAGUGCCACAUACAGAUGCAUAAAGUCACUGCAUGUCUGAGGUUUUCUGUUCAGCAAAAGAAAUGUCUGAGAGACUCUGUUUUUGGCAACCAAAGUACUAUUUUCUUAUGUUUUACACAUUCUAAAAUGUAUUGCUGUGAUUUACAAUAGCAUGUAAGGUAGUCCUGAAAUCUGUUUGCUUGUAUGUCCCAUGUGAUAAAAUAGUUCCUGCCCCAAUUUGGCAAUAAAAGUUCAUUAAACUA